AUGGAGCCGGUGCCGCGGAAGCGCAAGGGCGCGCCCCCCGUUUGCCCCGCCGGCAGGUCGCUCCAGGACGCGGCCUCGCGCAAGCGUGCCUGCCGCGGGUCGGACCCGAAUCGCUGCGGCGCCGACGCGUCCGGCGUGGUGAGGACCGCGCCGCCGGCGAGCGGCGGCGGGGCGGCGGCGGAGAGCGCCGGGCGCGGGGUCAAGCGGAAGGUGGGGUGCAUCGACGCGGCCACGCGGAUGGGCCGGCGGAAGCGGAUGGAGAGCGAGUACGACCUCGGCGAGGAGAUCGGGCAGGGCAAGUUCGGGUCCGUCAGGCUCUGCCGGGCCAAGAACCGCGGCGGCGAGGAGUUCGCGUGCAAGGCGCUGCCCAAGAACGGCGGGGAGACGGCCCACCGGGAGGUGGAGAUCAUGCAGCACCUCUCCGGCCACCCGGGCGUCGUCACGCUCAGGGCCGUCUUCGAGGACUCCGACAGGUUCUACCUCGUCAUGGAGCUCUGCCGCGGCGGACGGCUCCUCGACGAGGUCAGGAGGGAGGGGAGGCUUUCCGAGCGCCGCGCCGCCCAUGUUAUCAGGGAGCUCAUGGACGUCGUCAAGUACUGCCAUGAAAUGGGGGUUGUGCAUAGGGACAUCAAGCCAGAUAAUGUUCUGCUCACCAAUGCCGGGAGAUUGAAGCUUGCUGAUUUUGGACUGGCCGUGAGGAUCACUGAUGGUCAGAAACUGUCUGGUGUCGCAGGGAGCCCAGCAUAUGUAGCACCUGAAGUUCUAGAAGGCAAUUACUCGGAGAAAGUAGAUGUAUGGGCUGCUGGGGUGCUUCUACAUGUUCUACUGAUUGCCAGUCUUCCAUUCCAAGGGGGCUCUGUGGAAGCUGUCUUUGAGGCUAUAAAAACAGGCGAAAUUGAUUUCCACAGUGAUAAAUGGGAAUCAGUAUCUGUUCUUGCACGUGAUCUUGUUUGCCGAAUGCUUAACCGAGAUGUCUCAUCAAGAUUAGACGCCGAUGAAGUUCUUAGGCAUCCUUGGAUUCUAACACACACUGAAUGUCCUUUGAGCGCUGAAUUUUCUGCUCUGUGGCAUGAUAACAAAGCUACGUCGACACCCAGGAUUCACAACGAGAGAGUUCUGUCAGAUUGGCAGUGUUCAUCCUCAGAAUCUUCAACAAGUGACGACUCUGAUGAGCGGGCAGAUGAAUGCGGUAUAGUCGAUGCACUGACUGCAGCAAUAACACAGGUUAGAAUAUCAGAACCCAAAAGGGGUCGGGUCUGCACCCCAACAAUUCCUACCCAGCAGGAGUGUUCUUUUAGCUUGAAGGCAAAUCCGUGCACGGGUUUCUGAGUCCUUUUCUUGAACCAACACAUGUGUAUAGCCUCUGAUAUCUAGCCGCUUUCUUUUGAAUUCUAAAAUUUGAUUAGAAGGAUAGAAAGGCAUACUGUGAGUUCCUCAACCAAGCUUGAUCUGAUGUAGUUCUUCGCGCUAUAGGCCUAUAGCUCCUUCAGCUGAGUCUGAGUGGUUGCUCAUCUGCCAGACCUUGCAAGCCUGCUGAUGUUGUGAAUUUUGUAAAUAUAGCAUCAUUUUUGUAGCCAGGGAGCUUAUCAUAUUUGUUUUUCAAGAAACUAGGGAGCAUAUCAUAUGAGAAUAUAUACCAUGAGUGGGUUGCCAAAGUCAAGGUGCACCCUGUUGUA